CAACCACCACUGGCCGAGUCGGAGAUAUCGCGCAAAGCCGUAAAGCGUCGUCGCUUGCGGUCCCUUCAAAGGAAAGGCUCCUCGCGGUCAGCGAGAAAAGAGAAAUGUCGGGAUCAUAACAGCCGUGGGAGAUUUUUCUUUUCUUCUUGGUGCUUGUCGCGUUCGCGAUAACGUUUGUGCUAUCCCCGAGUUUACUUGUGAUCGAAUUCUCUCGACGAUACCAUUCCUUCGAAUCCCUUCUCGUCUCUUUUUCCUCUUUCUCUAGAAAAGUGUCCUCUCUCUCUCUCUCUCUCUCUCUAAACUCGUAUCUCCCCCCCCUCUCUCUCUGUCUAUCUCUCUCUCGCUCUCUGUGUCUCUAUCCAUCUCCGUAUGGUUGUCUCUCUCUUUCUCUCUCCGUCUCUCGUCUCAGCAUCCCUCGUGUGUCAUUCAAGACGUCAAUGACGAGUCCUUCGAAACACCGGAGAAAGUACGAAGGAGCAUGCGAGAAGAUGGCCAAAGGAGUCUAACGAGCGAUAAGUCAAGCACGGCCGAACGCCGAGCUUGCGCAGUCGCUGAGUCGCUCGAUUGUCCAAACCUCGAUGUUGCGGGAAAGCUCUCGAUAUGGACGAAUUAUUCUUUCUUUCCUUGGAAUUUGAACACCUCCUCCAACGUUCGAGAACGUAAAGUGGAGGACAAGGUAUCUUCACCGCGACGAAGGUUAUCUUUGGUUAUGCUUUAGAUAUCGAUCGACGGUUGGAAGAGGUGAAACGAGCUCCGUCCGAAAGCAUGCUCGUUCGUCGGAGCUUGCGAGCUUUUCGACGAUCGAUACGGAACGUACUACGAUGCAAGGUCAAAAAUCGUGGAGAAGGCGAGCUGGCGACGUUCUCGGAGAAGGAAAAUAAGAGGAGCGACGUAGAACCGAUGGAGGAGGGAUCCUAAGGAAACGGACAAAAAGCAAGAUGGUGGUGGUAGUGGUGGUGGUGGCGGUGUUGGUCGAGAAAUUUGGCAUCGGGAAAAGGCGUGGCGGCGUAUCAUCUAGGUCACGUUCCUGAGCACUGAUAUAUCGCGCAUUCCUCCUACGAUUCUCCUAUUGCCGAUCGAUUUUCCAUACCGCGAUCGUAAUCUCGUCGACGAAAAGGAAGAGAGGAAGAGAGGGGGUGGCACGAGGAGGGGGAGAGCGGUUCCUUUCGAUCCGUCGACGCAUCGAUAGUCUCUUCUACUUUCUCUGGAGGAAACCGUGGCGUGGGGGCGCUUAAACUAUUUCUUUGAAAGGAUCGAUCUUUCUCUCUCUUGCUAUAUAUACGUAUAUACGUAGGUGUGUGUGUACAUAUACGUACGUACAUACAUACGUGUAUAUAUAUAUAUAUAUGUGUGUGUGUAUCUCGGAGGAUGACCUUCGAGUCACAUGCGCCAUCGAAUAAAAAAUCUCAAAGUACCUUCGCUCUUCCUUCGGUCACGUCUACUUUCGACGAUUUCGACUCUCUUACGAAAAAGAGAAACGAGAGUUAUGCGAGUGAGUGAAUUCCCGCGAAAGACGAAGAGGAAACGAUGGGGGCCUCGUUCAUCGACGAUAAGGGAUACCGAUCGAUACGGCGCAUCGUUGAAACUCGUCUCGACUAGAAGCACGCGACCUUUCUCGCGCUUCGAUCCUCUCGAUCUCGUCGUUAACAUCGAUUAUCGGAGAUACCGAAACGAAAGCUCUUCCAGUGAAUAUACUUUCCUACGAGGUCCCUUUCCCGUUCCUCGUUAACUUUUCUACAUUCGAUAUUUUCUAUCGAAAGGGAAGAGAUAUGAAAGAUCCACGAUGUCAUCCAUCUGCGAUUAUUAUUAUUUAUUCUAUUUAUUCUUUUUUUGGCUUAUCAGUAUCUCUAUACAUCACCGUGUUAAAGAGAAAAACAGAAAGAAAUAUCACCGUAGGAUUAAAAAACGUUGUUAAACGAGCGAUAGCGAUCGAAUUUUUCUAUUUUUAAGAUCGAUCGUUUGAGAAAUCGAAAGAGAACUAUUCGCGGAGUAAAGAAAAAGCGUUUUAGUCUGUACAUACCGUCGAGAUUAACAGGGGCGAUUUGUUGAUUCCCUCAAAGUCGAGCGCUGCCAUUGACAAAGAAAUUCAUUUUCAACGCGCAUGUCCAAUGCCUUGACUACCAAGACGCUCUUCGUCGUUACAAAGCAUUAUAGAAGAGAGGCACGUAUGUUAAACUUUUUGCCAGCAUAUUCGCGAUAAAGCUGUCGCGAUAGAAAGAGAGACAGAGACAAAGGGAAAGCUAAAGAAAGAGGAGAAAGACGGAAAGGUUUCGUUCGCUACGAAUCGUUGAACUUGAUCGAAGAAUUUCAAAGGAAGAGAAAGAAGAGGACAGACAGAGAGAGAGAGAGAGAGAGAGAGAGAGAGAGAGAGAGAGAGAGAGAGAGAGAAACAGACAGAAGUAGACAAUGGACGAAGAAAAAUUGGUAGACAGCGAGUACGCUUCACUUAUACUCUAUUAUCAAUUAAAAUCGGCUGUGCUAUCGUUUAACCAGAGCUUAUCUUGCAUUUACCUAGUGUUCAUAUUUAAACGCCAUUCUCUGUCCGCCUUCAAAUCGGCAGAGGUUGGAGAAGUUAAAGAAGAAGAAGAAAAAGAAGAAGAAAAAGAAGAAGUGGAAGACGAAAAAGAAAUAUAAUUCGAUAUUUUUGCUACGUUCUUUCCCAAGGCCACGUCCAUCGAAUAUUACAAAGGAUCGAUCAGUUUUUCGAUCGAAAGAGAAAAAUAAAGAAAUAUCGAUAUAUCAGUGUAAUCCGGAAGACUGAUGUUCCCAUUUUUAACUUUGGCUAUUCUACUCUUCGUUCUUCGCUUAUUUGCAACGAAUUCCGCCCACAUCCUCUUCGAGUGUACGUCGAAGCCACGAAGAAGACGACACUAGGAGGAUCGAGUUACGUAAAGAAAGAGAAAGAGAAAGAGAAAGAGGAAGAGUGAGAGAGAGAAAGAGAGAAAGAGAGAUAAACGAUCGGUCGAGCGGAGCAGCGAUCGAUUUUCGCGUCUUCGUCGAGAGAAACAAAGAGAGAGAGAGAGAGAGAAAAAAAGAAAGAAAAUAAACGCCUUACGUCCUUGCGGUUCGUCCAUUUUCAAAUUCAGUGUAACAGUAGCUCCCACGGAAUAUAAAAUAUCGUACAUCGAACAUCGUCGACGAUGUUCCUUGAAAGCAAAGCGAGAGUCUUGCAAAUCGGUUGAUUCGAAAAGAGAGAGAGAGAGAGAGAGGGAGAGAGAGAGAGAGAGAGAGAGAGAGAGAGAGAGAGAGAGAGAGAGAGAGAGAGAGAGUGCACAACGAUAAGAGAUCGAAAGAAGAGCAGGACCUCGGAGAACGAUAGUUAUCAUCGAAUCAUGACAAAAUACGGCUUGGUCAGACUCGCCCUGUGGCGACCAAGGCGUUCCGUAACUUCGCAACCACCGAACAACCAGGAAAACAACCCUCUCAUGGAGGGCGAAGGUGGUGGCGGCGGUGGAGGUGGAGUCGGUGGCCGUUCCGUGAGUAGCACUACCGGUGGUGGUGGAGGCGGUGGUGGUGGUGGCGGAGGUGGAGGAGGAGGAGGGGGAGGUGGCGGAGGAGGUGGCGGCGGUGGCAGUGUCGGCGGCCGACGUGCACCGAGUCUACGAUUGGUAAAUGGAAGAGCUACCACCGGGAUCAGUUUACACACCAGUAGCACAGAAUCCGUACGUUCGCCUCAUCACCACCUCGGUCAGCAGCAGACCGCCAAUAACAACAACAACAAUAACAACAACAACAACAAUAACAACAACAACAACAAUAACAACAACAACAACAACAACAACAACCACAAUAACAACAACAACUGCCACGCCGGUAACAACCCCGCCGCGAACAAUCAUCCGAGACUCAACAAAGAUGACAGCAUCAAGAUUAGCAUCGAGAACACCAACACCUGUACAGACAGUCUCGUCACCGCUUUAGACGACGAGGCGCUGCUCAUCACUGACUUCUUGGGCGAUACAGGCAACGAGAUGAAUUACAAAGGCAGCGGAAAAGUCCACUUCGGAGUGGACGACGUGUCCCUCUAUGGGACGCCGAAAGAGGAACCGGGCCCGGGCCUCCCGGGCCAGGAGGUUAAACAGAGCUUCCUUAAGAAUCAACUUCAAGCCCUCUUUCAGCCGACGGAUAACAAGCUUGCGAUGAAACUCUUCGGCAGCAAGAAGGCACUUAUGAAGGAAAGGAUCAGGCAAAAGGCGGCGGGUCACUGGGUCAUCCAUCCUUGCUCCAGUUUCCGAUUUUACUGGGACCUCUGCAUGCUCCUCCUUCUGGUUGCUAAUUUGAUAAUUCUGCCAGUUGCCAUUAGUUUUUUCAAUGACGACCUAAGCACUAGGUGGAUAGCCUUCAACUGCCUUUCCGACACUAUAUUCCUCAUAGACAUCGUCGUAAACUUUAGGACCGGUAUAAUGCAGCAAGAUAACGCCGAACAAGUGAUAUUGGAUCCCAAGUUAAUCGCAAAACACUACCUCAGGACUUGGUUCUUUCUCGACCUCAUCUCAUCCAUACCGCUAGACUAUAUUUUCCUCAUAUUUAAUCAAUUUCAGGACUUCAGUGAGUCCUUCCAGAUCCUGCAUGCUGGACGUGCUCUCAGGAUCCUCAGGCUUGCAAAACUGUUAUCACUCGUUAGGUUACUACGCUUGUCAAGACUGGUGCGGUAUGUCUCACAAUGGGAAGAGGUCUAUAUCCCCCUUUAUCAACAGCCGGAGAGGCACUACGAGCGUCGGGCGACACCGCCCCAACCAGACCGAACCAGCAAGAUAUUGCAGAACCUACAAAAAAAACGCACUGAGCGGAGGGGGCGCCUAAGUUCUGACAAUAUGAGUAAAAAGAAGUCCGGUUUCAGCAAAAGCGACCUUAUUUUUAAGUUCCUGAAUAUGGCGUCGGUGUUUAUGCGGAUUUUUAACCUGAUCUGCAUGAUGCUACUGAUCGGCCACUGGAGUGGCUGUUUGCAAUUUCUGGUACCCAUGCUUCAAGGAUUUCCCAGUAAUUCGUGGGUCGCCAUUAACGAAUUGCAAGACUCGUUUUGGCUCGAGCAAUAUUCCUGGGCCCUCUUCAAAGCGAUGUCGCAUAUGUUGUGCAUAGGUUACGGCAGAUUCCCACCGCAAUCGUUAACGGACAUGUGGCUUACGAUGCUCAGUAUGAUCAGCGGCGCUACUUGUUACGCGCUAUUCCUGGGACACGCGACGAAUCUCAUUCAGUCUCUCGAUUCCUCGAGAAGACAAUACCGUGAAAAGGUGAAACAAGUGGAAGAAUACAUGGCCUAUCGCAAACUACCGCGGGAAAUGAGGCAGAGAAUUACCGAAUACUUCGAACAUCGAUACCAAGGGAAAUUUUUCGACGAGGAAUUAAUACUUGGCGAACUGUCGGAGAAGCUGAGAGAAGAUGUAAUAAACUACAACUGCAGAUCGCUCGUCGCCUCCGUGCCAUUUUUUGCAAACGCCGAUUCAAACUUUGUCUCGGAUGUGGUCACCAAAUUGAGAUACGAGGUCUUCCAACCAGGUGACAUCAUUAUAAAGGAAGGUACCAUCGGCUCGAAAAUGUACUUCAUACAGGAAGGCAUAGUCGAUAUAGUUAUGGCGAACGGCGAAGUGGCGACUUCCUUGUCAGACGGAUCUUACUUUGGCGAAAUUUGUUUGCUGACGAACGCAAGGAGAGUGGCCUCGGUCAGAGCGGAGACCUAUUGCAAUCUCUUCAGCCUCUCGGUGGAUCAUUUCAACGCCGUAUUGGAUCAGUAUCCACUUAUGCGUAGAACCAUGGAGAGCGUUGCCGCCGAGAGGUAUAAACUUUGGUUAAACAAAAUCGGUAAGAAUCCUAACUUGGUCGCGCACCGGGAGGAGGAUCUUGGCAGCGAAUCAAAAACGAUAAACGCAGUGGUGAACGCGCUCGCGGAACAGGCGGCGCAUGCCAGUGCCAGCGAAGAAUCGGUGCAUAGCAUGGAACUUCGAACGAUGCCAACGGGUCUCCUACCGAGGCCAAAGUCCGAGAACAAUUUUGCGAGUCAAGAGCUUACGAGAGAGGGACGUAGGAUCUUCCACAAGAGCGAUACUUUCCACAAGGAUUCGUAUCAAUGACGACACUCGUUGUACUAGCACACGGAGAGAUACUAAUGGCUCCUCGCUAGACACUGGGUCUGUUUCCCGCGCAUCCAAAGACGCUAUCAGUUUAUGUGCCGAUGACUGGACGAUACCUUUACGAUUAGGUGAAAACGGUCUACACGUAGUGAUACGCCAUGCCAAUAGUCGUUUUAGCGAUCGGUUUAUAGCGCCUUCUUCUAUUUUAUUCUCUCGUCCAGAAUUUGUGCAUAAAACUGUCGCAGAGGAGAUAAGACCCAAAACUCCAACAGCAACAUCGACCGCCUUUCCGUCAUUUUAGACUCGUCGACUUCUUCUGUGACUUUGUCUCCGUCGUUGCCCUAAUCGCAGUGACGCGCGCCUACGCACACUUCUCUCUCUCUCUCUCUCUCUCUCUCUCUCUCUCUCUGUCUCUUCCUUUCUCUCUCUCUCUAUAUAUAUACAUAUAUAUAUACACACACAUAUAGUAUAUUCUAUUAUUUUACUUUGUGAUCUUUCAUUUCAACCUAUCUUAUCAACGGACCCUACUGCAAUAACGUAGAUACGACUAAAAGAGAAUGAAACUAAUUUUUGAAACUUCAAAAGAAGAAAAACAAUUUGAAACGACGUUUACGAUCGCUACGUCGAGAUUAAGAACAAACGAUCAAAGGUGCGUUUAAAUUUUCCUAUCAUACUUGUAAAAAUUCACGAAUAGAGUUGUAAAUAUAUUUACUGUACGAAAUGAUAAACGUACUUUUGACGAGCGAUGUAAUUAACGUUCAAAGAAAUUCGAUAAGAAAAAAAAAAGGAACAUUUAUUCUUUUGCAGUUUCCUCUUUACGCCACUUGUCAUUACGGAGUCGAGCGCGAGUAAACGAUAUUAUAUAUAUAUAUAUAUAUAUAUAUUUAUGAUUGAUUUAGAUAUAUUUUCCCUCGUAAGCUUUUCUGAUUUGAAAAAGUCGUUCGAGAGGGUGAAAUUAUCGGAGACAAAAUGUUCGAUUGGCUUGGAAAACAUAAUAGAACGAAGCUACUUUCUAAGCUGACCGUCGGUAAGCCUACGAAUUCACAGAAGGAGUAGGACUGUUAUUCGCGAGUUGUAUGCCGUUUGGAGAACGUGGAGCUGAGUCUGUGCCGCGAGCUUCUUCAUCGAAAUCAUCUACCGACAUCUUUAUAAACGUGCGCUCUAAUCAGCGCUACGCGACGACGCGACAAAGGAUGAAGAUCUCGUUAGACGAAAACAGCAGGCCUAGAAGUUUGUAGAGAAUAUAUUAUAGUCCAUUGUGAAAGUAGGUAUUACCCUGAUAAAUAGUAUAACGACGCGUAAUUCUCUGUGAUUUUGUAAUUUGCCGUUUCGCACUUUAGGAGAGAAAGAGUGUAAACGAACAAUAUUAGAAUUCACUAUUUCUUAAGGCAAGAGGUAACAUAAAAUUAACAAACAAACAAACAAACAAACAAACAAACAAACAAAAAACAAAAAAAAAAGAACACAAGAGAAUAAUAAUACUCGUGAUACGAGAAAUACUAUCGAUAAGUUUGCGAACGUGUUUUAUCCUUAAGGGCUUAAGUCGCACGUCCACAUCGAAGUGACAUUGUCGGGAAACGUUACUAGAAAAGAAAAAACAGGAUCAAUUGCCGAACGGUAUGUUUCUAACAAUAAGGAGAAAAAAGAAGAAGAACAAUUUCAAAUAAGACGUCCACGCAAAGAUAACGACAUUUCCGGUAAAAAGAGAAGAAAAAAAAAAAAGUUAACAACACCAAACGUCCACAUUGAACCAACAACAAGUUAGUUGCCUUCGAGAGAUGUCUCCUUUGAAUUUAUCGAGACGCCGUUUUUCCUUCGCUUACUUGCGUUUCUCUAUGCUCCGUCUGAGAGUGCCUCACUAACGAUGUUCUUAUUCCUAUUUUUCUUCUAUUCUUAUUUUAGGUACUAAAGAUAAUAUUGAAAAAAAAAAACAAAAAUGAAAAAAAAAAAGAAAAAAAAAACACGACGAUGUCGCGCCUAGUGCGUUUAUACCAAUCAAAGAUCUGAUGACAAAAUAUUGAACGUCAAUUAAUCGAGUCUUUAACGAAACUCUAUCGUCGACACGUAUCUAAAUACCUAUGCGCGAUAUUUAGAACAAGUAAGUUUAGUCAGUCCAAAUACGCGGGAACGUGUGUAAAUAUAUAAGAACUAUAAUUAAUUACGACGAGCAAUUCACACCACCGUGUGCAGAGGGGUUCUACGAAUUUUUUUUUUUUUGUUUCAUUCUUCGAUUUCGCCCGACCUCAUAUCGUCUCUGAUCUUUGUCAUUCGUCAUUAGGCGUACGAACUAACAGGAGUAAUAUUAACGAACACGAGCACACAUAUGCGCACGCACACACACACACACACACACACGAACAUUCUUUAAAUUCUAAAAGAGCACAUCCUUCUUUCUUUCCCUCUCGUUAGUAACGUUGUCAAGGAGACAGCGUAUUAACAGCGUAUCUUCAAACGUAUUUCCAACGACGUGACUUCGGUAUGGACGCGGCAUUAGCUUCGUACUUUGAUAGGACCCCGCGUAAAACGAUAAGAUGAAUGCCAUGCAAUACUCUAAGAACAUAAGGAAUAGGUUGGAACUUAAACAUUCCAAAGAAGCUUAUUAAUUACGGCGGGACUUUUUUCUAAUUUCGAGACCGAUAAGAAGCCUUACGUUCGGAGCUUGCUUAUUUAGCAUGAUUCCUCGGAUCCCCUUUAUCCCUAGCCCUAUCUCCUUACGUCACUUUUCCCCUUCCCACGCUUUCCUAUCUCUUAGGUCGCUUCGACAAUUUAGUGGUAUCGCUAGAUAACGCCGGGUUGUGAAUUCGAAUCGUUUAAAAAGAAAAUGAUUAAAAAAAAAAAAAUUAUUGGAAAAUUCGGGAGACCGUCCUGUAGUGAGGCGUUUAACGCGGAGUAUCGUGUUUAUAUCCGUGGACGCAUUGAAAUGCGAGAUACGAGUUUAAGGAGAAACUUAAAAAAAAAAAAGGAAAAAAAAAGAAAAAAAAAAUUAAAAAAAAGAAAGACAUUAUGGAUGAACUGGUUCUACAAAAGAAGAAGAAGAAAAAAAAGUAAUAAAAUAAUUAAUAAAAAAAAAAGCUAUCAAGUGCCCAAAGACCGUGUUAACUUGUUGAGAGUCCUUUGGGUCACCGCGGCUACAAUAUUGAUGAAUGAAAUAUUAAGUGAUACGCGAGAGAAGUAUCUUUUUACGUGGUGAAUAAACGCGAUGUACUAUAACAAAAAAAAAAAAAAGAAGAAGAAGAAGAACUAUAAAUAAUAUGUAAUAAAUUAUUAUUAUUGUUACAGCUACUAUUGCAAUGAUUACUACAUCACAUACCGCAUAAAUAGGCAAUUACCGAAGUAUUAAGAGAGAAGAAACAUUGUACAUAUAUACAUAUAUGAAUGAUCGUAUACGUACGUACGUACUUACGUGCACACGUAUACGAACACUCAUAUAUACGUAUAUGUAUUAUACAAAAAAUAUAUUAUAAAUAAUACAAAAUAGUAAUCAGACACGCAAACGGACAUAAAAACGCGCACACGCACACACACACACACACACACGCAUUACCAUGUUGCAGAAUAUAUCGAAUGAAGUUUCUUUAGGUAUUAAAAAGAGAAAGAAGAAAAAGCGAGAUCAAACGUUAAGCAUAAAAAUAUUGUACGAUACACAUCCUAAUUUCGCUUCUAAACGGACAGACACAUACACACGCUAUAAUUUUCCUUUCGCAUCUACCCACUCUCACAGAGGAUUCGUUUGUUUCUAUGUCGUAUCUUUCUCCUUCCUUCUCCUUCCCCCUCUACCUCCCUCCCUCCCUUCCUCAUCCCCUUUCUCCCACUCUCUCUUUUACUCUGUACUUCCUUUCCUCCCCUCUACUCUCUUUAAGAUACGACAAAGAAAACGAUCUAUACUAAUCCAAAUAUUUUCCGAUAAUCGUAACGCGUUUCUUCUCGCCAUAAGUUAACAAAAAAAAAAAAAUUAAUAAAAAUAUGCGGCAUUUAGCGCUGCGUUAAAAAAUAUAUAAUUUCAAUACUCAAAGAUAGACGAAGGAGAGACAAUUAUUAGUUAUCUAAAUAUUCGCAAUAAAUCGAUUUUAGCGAUAUAUAACGGAGCCUUGAUUAAAAAAUUGCUUUUUUUGCGAUGGAUCGUCGUUCUCUCUCUUAAGUACGUACGUCGUCGUAGUAGUUCUUAUUGCGCACAUAUACGUACACGUACACGCACAAGCCACGCACACUCACACGCGCACAUAAAAAAUACACCUACCCGACAACACAUCCAAAUAAAAUAGUACUUUAUGCCGCGAUUUGUUCGUUUCCGUCGUUCUUUUAAACUUUACAUCUUCGAGUUCGUUGAUAGAAACAAAAGCACGAGCGUGAGAAGAAAAAAAAAGCGGAUUGAUUUUUUUUUCUAGUUGAUGAUGGCGCGAACAAAAUUUAUGCACUAAUUAAUAUUCAUAUAUGUACAUACUACGUGUAUGUAGGUAUACGUAUAUUAUGGAUUCAAUAGAGUUACACGCAGCGUGCACACCCAUAUAUAUAUAUAUAUAUAUGUAUAUAUGUAUGUAUGUAUAUAUACAUACAUAUAUAUAUACAUAUAUAUAUAAAAAUUAUAUAUUGUAAACAUAUAUACAUACAUCUAACACACACGCGUGCGAGGAAAACAAAUGUACCUAUUUUUCAUGUACAAGAGAGAUAGUUUUUUGUCGCUGUUUUACAUCCUCACGCGUUCAUUCCGAACAUGUAGUUACGAUUGUGAUGUAGAAAAAAAAAAAGAAGAAGAAAAAGAAAAAAAAGAAAAGGGUGCGUUAACGAGCGGAGAAAAAGAUCUUCCGGCAGAAUAAAUCUCGGUUUGCGAUAUCGAUAAUUUUGUAAAUCGGACCGCAUGCAGUUUAGGACUAACCUGCUGCCAAUGUUCUAGACCUAUCAAGUAUGCAUUACCGUGCGUGUAUGCGCGUCUGUAUAUGUAUGAGUGCGUCGAUACAUAAAUAUAUACGUACCUGGAGACGUAUAGAUACGUAUGCCGUGUAUGUGCAUGCGUAUGCAUACGUCUUUACGCGUACGCACAUGUAUAUGUAUGUAUGUAUGUAUAUACGAUGUAUGCAUGUAUGCAUGUAUGUAUGUAUGUAUGUACGUAUGUAUGUACGUAUGUAUGUAUGUAUGUAUGUAUGUAUGUAUGUACAUUAUUGUUGUUACUUCGAGAUGAGAGUGAAAAGAAACGAAAAGAUUAUAUACAAAGUUGUACUCUUACUAUCACUGCUAACUGAUAGGUACUAUUAGCCAUUUUACUAACGUUAAAAAUACUGAUGCUGCUGCGACAAAGAAAAUGAUAUAAUGAUAUUAGUUCUAUACACGUUAUACACACUUAUACGCGCGCGCGUCAUACACAGGGUCCGCCCAAGUUUCGUGGCGUCUUUGCAUCCGCGAAAGAAAAGAGCUAGUACUUGAAAGGGCCGAAGGAUGGUGUCGAGAGAACUGCCUUUGACGAUGCUGAUUUUCAACUGACAACGAAAAAAGAAAGAACUGUGUAAUAAAUAGCGAAACCGAAACGAAGAGAUCCGACUCUGUGUAAAAUCGUGCGACAACGAAAGCCGAAACUAAAUUUGCCCAGACCUACCCCCCCCCUUGUCCGUUGUAAUAAAAAAAAAAAAAGAAAAAAGAAAAAAAACAGACAAACAAGCAAACAAACAAACAAACAAACAAAUCUUUUCUUGCGACCGUUCACUAUCCUUCGAUGUAAAUGAAUCAAACUUUUGGAAAUUGUUCUUCGUAGAUGGAAUAUCACGCACGCACUUACUUACUUAUUUACUUACUUACUUACUUACUUACUUACUUACUUACUUACUUAAUUUUCGUUCUAAAACAUAAUCGAUGAUUCCAAUAAUCGCUUUACGUUUUCGCAUUACCCGCGAUAACUUUGGCGCACCCUGCUAGCGCAACACGACGCAUACACCAAGAGUAUACAAAGAAGAGCAAACAAUAUUAUAGCGUUAAAAUGAUAAUUAUCGUACAGCUAUUAAAGCAAAGUGAUGCGAUCCUUUUACUGCUAAGAUACAAGAGUGAGACGUUAAUUAAAGACAUAAUAUACAAAAAUAGUUUUUGUAUAACGAAAUGAUAGCUCGCAAAAUAGUGAAACCUCGAAUCGAACGUUAAGGAGAGAAAAGGAAGAAAGGAAGAAAACGAAAAUUAAAAAAAAAAAAUAAUAAAUAAAUAAAUAAAAAAGAGAACGUAAUAAAAAGUCCGAUCGGGAAAUCGGAGAUGGUGAAGAACGGUGUGCUUUUGAGGAUAAAAACAAAACCAAAAAAAGAUAUAUAUAUAUAGUUAUAUAAAAAAAAAUUAAUAAAACAAAUAAAUAGUCGUUUGCGAAUUGCGAGACUAUAGAAACACGAAGCAAAACAUCGUUCGAUGUUAUGUAAAAGUUCCAUAGUAUCAAUAGUUACUACUCUACGUGAAAGGUAAAAGAAAAAAAAAAAAGAAAAAAAAAAGAAAAAAGAAAAAAUAAUGUGCAAAUGCAAAUCGUGUACAUAUCACACACCUUCUGUUUAGGAAAUGAGAAACAUAUUUCGCGAGACUUCAUUGAUACUUACUUUUGCAAAGGAUUUGCCAUACUAGAUUUUCAUCUGCGUUCCUUUAGAAACGAAAAUGAGUAAACAAAAAAUAAAAAAAGGAAAAAGAAAAAAAAAAGACAAGAAAAGGAAAAAAAAGAAGAGAAAAAAAAAGCAUUUUAUAUAUCGCAUUUUCGUGCAUAGUUUUAAUAAAAUUCUGUUUCCUGCUAUACAGCAAUUAAAAGACCGACCGAAUAUAUAUAUAUAUAUAAUCAGUAAGGUAGACGUUUCAAACGAUCAUCCUUCUCAUUCCUCUCUCUCUCUCUCUCUAUCUAUCUAUCUGUCUAUCUAUCUAUUUAUCUAUCUCUCUCUCUCUCGUGCUUUCCACAUAUCUAUUCCGAUCGCAUAGAACUUCCGAUAGAAAACUAACGAAUUAGUUUUGCGCUUCGUUCUAUCUAUUACGCGUCAGAUCAGUUUUAAUAUUUUUGUUGCGAAGAAGAAAUAUUUUUUCUAGUACACGAUGAAGGUGUGACAAGCGACGAAAUGGAAUAGUUUUCAUUUGGAACGCAAAUAGAUCCAAUGGUCGGCACGAUUAACGUCACUUUUUGAUUUCGAAGAAAUCCAAGAAAAAGUUUAAGAAAACGGGCCUUAGACGAAAAUAUACGUAGGUACUUAUAUAUGUUCGAUUAUAAAGAAUAAUUUCUGUUCUCGGUUAGAAGGAUCGCAAACGAGGUAAAACGAACGAAAGAAAAAAAAGUUUCGUCGGCGAGUGUGAACAAUUUCAAAGUGUAGAAAACGCUAAGCUUCGUUAGAUACGAUACGCUGCAAAAUAUUUAUCGAAUAUUUUUUACACGGUGUUUCCUUAUCGAAAAAAUCGAACAAAUUGAAAAAAGAUAAGGGGAGAGAAACUCGAAAGGAAGAAAAUCACGCGUCGAUGAAUUCUCUCUCGCAAAUGAUUACGUAUCCAAAAAAUCGUAUGUGAUUAUGGACACAACGAAAGUAAUAAUACGAUGAAAGAAAACCAAAACAAAAAAGAAGGUAAAAAGAACCAUAGCAAAAAUUAGUCGUCGAAUAAUUUGUUUACGCUUAUUAUCAUCGUAAUCCCUUUAAACUACAAUUAUAAUAAUUACGAUAAGCGCCAAAAAAAAGCAUAAGAAAAGAAAAGCAAAAACGAAGUCAAAACUUUUUUGCAAAAGAAUAUCUUUAAGUUGAAUCGUUAAUGUUGUUCAUAGCGCUGACUAAUCAAUUCUGACAUCAUGAUCGCGGAAAAACUCGUUGAAUAAAAAAGAAUGCGCGUGCGAAUAAUAAUUACUUUGGAUCUUAUGCGUCGAGAUUAAAGAAAGAAAGAUUAAAGAAAAAAAAAAAGUUAUAGUAAGAAGAAUGUAAAAUCGUAUGGCGCCGUGUAAAAAUUAUUUCUCUGGCGUUUUGCGAAGGACUGUCGUAGCAUGCUUUGUAAAAAGAGGAAAGACCAUAACAAAAAAAAAAGAGAACAAAAAGAAAUUAAGAAAAAAAUGGACACGAAGAGAGAAACAAGCAGAAGGAAAAAAAGAAAAAAAAAACAAGAUACAAAAACCAAGAAUAAGAAACAAAAUAAUAUACCCUAGCGUCAAUUUUCUACGAAGGAAUUUUCUACAAAAUUCAAGCCGUAAGUGCGCACGUUAUAAAAAUAUAGCGCUUAUAGCGUAAACGUGUAUGUAUGUACGCUACGCAGCACCGAUAACUCUUAACAAAUAAGGUGAUCUAUCAACACUUUUCUAUUAGACAAUCCAUUAAUUUUCUGCGGACAGCUGAGGGCCGUUCUUUUCUAACAUAAAAAAAAAAAGGAAAAACACGAGCGAACGACAAAAAAUAAACAAAAAAAAUAAUAACAACAAGAAACCAUACGAGAGGCCAAGAAAAAGCAUGAUAGCUGCUAUUACUUAUGGUAGGUGCUUGUUCGAUUGACACACACACACACACACACAUUAAUAUUAUUAUAAAUUGUAAAAUUAUUAGGAAAAAGAGAAAAAGGCGAAUCGACUAAAUAUAAUUUAGAAUUAUCUUUUUUCUUCGAAGUUUAUUCUCGACGAUGACACACGUACAGACACCCGUUCAUUCAUUCGAAUCUUUUUAUUAGUUUGCUACGAAGAAUCCUGUAAACAGCGCAUCGAUAUUAGAGAUUUGUGAUUUAGAGAAUUAGACUAAACCGUUCCUCGCGUAUUACUUUAAAGUUUAAGGGCUAUUAGAAUUAGGGAAAGUAGAAGAAGAAGUAGAAGAAGAGGAAUAAGAAUAAGAAUAUGAAUAAGAAGAAAUGAAAUAUGGAGUCGUGCUGACAAUGUCUCCUUUGAAAUAAUAUACUAUAGUUAAAUAUUUCCUUCGCGAUGUUUGUUAUAUUAUUUCUUUUCUAACACUCGUCGAUAAAUCGUCGUAGAGAUCGUUAUUAGAUAAAAACUUACUUAGUACGUAGUCAUUCGAAUUUUUCUAUUGCCUUGGUUAGCAUACUUUUACAAUUAUAACUUUGAAAACGAAUUUUUGGUAUAGAUAUGCGGCCCUGGUUAAUCAAAAAAGCAUUAUUCAAUUCAUCGACGAACUCGUAAGGAUUUACACGAUUAAACGUAAAUAAAUAUGCAUACACAAAACAAAGGCAUACCUUGAACAAGGCGAUAUUAAUGUUCGACCAAAAUGGACUCGUGAAAAAAAAAUAUUAUUUUUCUAUCGUUGUAUUUCUCCCUUCGAGCUGAGUAACUUUUUACUCUAAAACAGCCUUUCCUUGUCCAUUUUCAAGGACAACCAGAGAUCACGUCAACCAAUAUCAGGUCGAUCGUGUCAUCCUCUAUACGUCGAGUACGCUCAAGUUACUCAAGUACUCCAAAGUGCGAAUUAUGCUGCGCGUUACACUUGUUUGUUAUAUACAUAUAUAUAUAUAUAUGUAUAUACACAUAUGUACUAUAUGUACUAUACUAUAUUAUAUUAUACUAUACUAUACUACUAAAAGAAAAUUUAGCGAUCGUACGUGCUGCGCUGGAAGAGACAUUUAAACUUUCGAAAGUUUUCUGUUAUUUCCAGCUAUCGUAGACUGUGAUUCGAUACACUUUAAUUUUUAACUAAAAACGUAUACACAUAUAAAUUAAAAUACAAGAUAUAAUAUAUAUGCACAGUAGAGGCGAAUAUAUACACGAGGAAAGAGAGGAGGAAAAUUAACGCGUAGUAAACAUUAACGUGAGCAUAUAGAGACUUUUCCCAACGUGUAAUCGAGAACCUUGUUUAUUCCUUUUUUUUCAGUUACUGUAGCAAUAUAAUCGCGGACUAGAAGAAGACAUGCGAGCGUUUGUCAAUAUACUUUUGUAAACUAUGUAUAAAUUCACGCACGUUUAGAUAUCGGCACUUACUAAAUAUACUUGCCAUAACCGAAUGCCUUAGCGAGAAAUGUUACUAAAAUACGUAAGAAAUGAAAGAUACCUAUACAUAUAUAUAAAAAUAUAUAUAUAUGUAUAUAUAUAUAUAUAAGUAUGUACUGCAUUAUAAAAAAGAAAAAGAAAACAAAAAAUAAAAAUAAAUGAAAAGAAGAGAAAAAAAGCAGAACACACGAAGUGUAGAAGACAAAGAAACAAACGGAGCCGGUUCGACAUACCGACGCGGUACAUACCUACGUGUAAAAAAGAAAUUAACUCAUCGAUUGUAUCGUAUAAAAUAUAUUGGGAUUUCUUUUCUCGUGAUACGUAUUACGCGUGUAUAAAUUGAACGGAUUAUUAAAGCACUGUGUAAGCGUAUCUUUUUUCGAAGAGAGAAAGAGAGACAGAGACAAAAAUAGAGAUAGAAAUAGAGAUAGGGUUAUAGAUAGAAUUAGAACUAGAAAUAGAAGUAGAUAGGUAGGUAGGUAGGUAGGUAGGUAGGUAGGUAGGUAGAUAGAUAGAUAGAUAGAUAGAUA